CCCUCAGUCUCUCGCUCUGUCACUCUCUCUCUCUGUCCUCCCCCAUCGUCUGCAUCCUCAGAUCCCUCCGCCAACCCGCGUCCUUCUCUUCCCGUCGUCUCACGCUCGUUUACUUUCCCCAUCUCCCAUCUCCCAUCUCCCAUCUCCCCUUCAUUCGGUCUUUUGUGGGCUUUUGUCGACUAUCGCAGUCCCUUACGAUCCUUCUGCUUCUUGCUUCCGCGUCCUUGAUACUAUGUUUUUUUCUGGUUCCUCUCCACCUUCCUUCUUUUAAUUAAUCGUGCCACAGCCAAAAAGAUCAGGGGAUUCACUUCGCUUCUUCGGGUAUCGCUCAGGUACAACAACAACCGCGUCAAUGGUGGAUGACUAGGGGGGGAUCAUUGAAUACACAGAAAAAGAAGAAAAAUCGUCUAUCCCCCGGAGAGCCAGAAAUACAGGCGCAGAUCCGUGAUCUUGAGAGAAAGAGAGCGAGAGAGAGCGAAAGAGCAGGAGGGAAACACUCGUUUCCGUUGAAAGCAUCAGAGCCUUCGCAUGCUCUUUGCUGGCCCUCUUUCUUGUUGAGAACCCAGGACUCCAACAGUCCAGAAUUGGGAAUACGCUCCCAUUUAAUUCCAUCAGCAUCAUCUAUUUUUCGCAAUUUUCCAAUUUCCUCCUUCCAUAACGACACUUCGAAAAAACAAAAAAAGGCCAACCCAACUCGCGUUCCCCGAAAAUGAAGUCAUUCAUAUAUCACGGCUUCCUUCUGGCGGUGCUUAUCGGAAUAGGCUCCACUGAUUCAGUCCGUGUUAUCCGACAACAAAAAGACAAUCAAAUAUUCGUGAACAAGACCAUCGACAAGGGUUGCUACAAGUCGUCGAACCCCCUAGUGGAUGACGGCGAAUAUACUUGGCAGUCGGUUGGGCACUGUCAGCAAAUAUGCGUAAAAUCCCAGAAGCCUGUUAUGGCUGUCGGCGGAUUCAAUUGCUUCUGUGGUGAUCAGUUGCCGCGAGAGUCUGACGAGACGACUAGUGAUAAGUGCAACACGCCCUGCGGUGGAUGGCCUGAUGAUAAUUGCGGAGGGAAUAAUACGUACCAUGUACUCCUUACUGGCUUCAUGCAGGAGAAGAACGUCCCAGUGCUUGGUGGAAAGUCAUCGACGGGUAGUUCCAGUAGUACCCAAACCUCGUCCAGCACGAAUAAUAACGGAGGGCCAACUGUCGUUGUCACCGCCACUGGCCAACCAGGAAAAGGCCCAAACAAGGCUGGCAUCGCAGCUGGCGUGGUUGUUGGCAUUGUUGCACUGGGUGCCAUAAUCGGUGGCGGGUUCUUCUUCAUGAAAUACAAAAAGCGCAAGGCCGUGGAGGAGGAAUAUCGUCGCAAUGCAACCAUUAGCAGCUUCGUUUCCGGAGGCAAACCACUAUCUUCUCAGCAAUCAUCAUUGUCCGACUCUCGCCUGGAUCAAGCCAUGAUGUCUCACCGGCGCCAGAGCAACGGCAGUAUCGCUGACGACCAGGAUUUCUCCAGAAGAAUUUUGCAGGUUACUAACCCAGACGGCGGUCAUUAUUAA